AUGGGAUUUGGAGACGAGGCGUCGCCUUGCGUCGCUCGGAUAGACCGCAACUGCAACCAAAUGACGACAGAUCAGCAAUACAAGUUGGCGCAUGCGAUGAACAUUUGCUUCCUGACCAGCAACGGCCACACCGGUUACAAAUGCACCGAUCGUAUGAGUGCAAGUGAAUGUUCAAAAAACCUUGAUAACCGGGCAUUCACUUCCUACAACAUGUUCUUCGCCAACAUCCACAGCAUUUGUCUCUACGUCUCUAACCGGGAGUUCGAGCGGCACACGUCACAGCUGCUCAACAAGCUGUACGAGGGAGCAGGGGCGGCCCAGAACGUGCUGCAUGGUGUCGUUCAGGGCCUGCAGGUGCACCACGAGCAGCAGCUGCUGCUGCAUCAAGGCCUAUCGCAGAUGCGUGAGGAGCAGAGCGGCCUGGCGGAGGGGCUGCAGGAGGGGCUCCGGAGGCUGAGAACCAUCCAGGGACAAGCGGACACUUUGCAGGAACAGGUCAACAAAACGUUGUCCAUGGAGGAGGAGCUGUCUCGGCGGCAGGGCGACCUAGCCCUCCAAAUGGGUGCUCUGGAGCAGAUGGAGCAGCAGCACGCGGCCGCUGCGGAGCUCCGGUGGGAGCAGCUGCUGCAGCGGGCGGCGCACAUGGAAGAGCGUCAUGCGCACUACGAGGCGCUGCAGGAGGCGCUGGCGGCCAAAUCGGGACAGCUGUUGCAGCAGAGCGGCCAGCUGCAGGGUGCCAUUGAGACAGUGCUGGUAGCCCAGCAGCGCACCAGCUCGCUGCUAGGGAGGGUUCUGGGGGGCCAGUGGACACUCAAGGACCUGAGCUUCUACGCUGGUGCAGCAGUCUGCAUCUUGGUGCUGACGGGUCCUGUGGCCCUACAGACCUCCCGGCUACCCCUACUUGCACUGCUGUUCAUGACUGCCGCCUGCGAGCGGGCCCUGCGGCAAUACAUGCAGAUAUGGCUGCCUCUGCUGGAAGGCGCUGUGGGCUUAUCCCCCAUGCCGUCCUUCAUCGGCAACAUGGAGCAGGCGGGCUGGUUGUUGCGCCUCCUCAGCGGCCUGGCAGGAUGUGUGCUGCUUAUGCGGCGCCUCCUGGCCACCCGGCAACGUGAUGCGGCUGAUCGCCGUGUGCUGGAAGACAUACAGCUUCAACUGGAGCAUCUGGCGGUGCAGCAGGCGCUCCUGAACAGGCACCUCAUAGGGGCCGACGGUCUGGCGACUGCCACCUGCGGACUCGACGGAGUGAAGACUCGACAGACGGGGCCACAGCCGUCGCAAUUACAUGGCCAUCUCGCCAAGCCUAGAAACCCUGCAUUACCUAUUGCUGCGCCGCCAACGCCACUGGUGACGCCGAUUGCGGCCCAGAUGGCUAGCGGCCCUCAUGUGCCUUCCCAAUGGACACCUUCCCAACUCGGCAACAGCUGCCAGACCAAGGAGGCAGCUCCCCAGGCAUGUCAGCUAACAUCAUACUCGGGCCCUUGCCAUGACGCCCUCGUAAGGCACAGCGAAGAAGCCGUGGUGGCAACGUCACCGGGACAACAGCCAGUCACCGCGCCCACCACGAGCCAUUGCACAGCCCAACGGCAUGGAAAGCAUGCUGGACGUGCCGGUGCACUUACGGCCACCGGGGCUACUAAACGUGGCCCUAGCUGCAGCAAGCGCAGGCGCGAUCCCGAACCAGGUCUGCGUGGGAGGGUUACCUCUAAACGAUUCGCUGCACAUGCAGACCUCUGAUAAGUAACUCCCGUGGGAUCCGACAUGUGCGAACAGCUGCUGACUUUAGCUGCACCGUUUGCACCUUAUCGCCCCCUUGCAGAGGACACCCAGCACCGCGCGCACAGGACACGCAGCAAGCCGAGGCCGUAACAAAGCAAGCCGAGAUAACUCACAAUUGAAAGUGGAAGAGUUGCUGGCAGACGAUGGUCGUCUAUAAUAACGGCGGCCAGACUGUUUGUGUCACAGCAACUGUGUUUUUGCUUACAACGGCCUGGAGAGCUGUCUUUCCUCCCUGGUUUCCCGUGACAACUGAUCUGUAAGCGCGCCAGCGAUUUAAGAGGCCGGGAAUGCAUCAACCAAGUAGGCAUGUAAAUGUAUAAAGCCAUGUACCCAUUGGCGAUGCCCGGCUGAACCAAUCGCCAAGGCUAUGAGCGCAACCAGCAUGGCAACGUGACGCAACGUAGCACUACACCAGGGCUCAUCUCUCCCGGUCCGACCCCCGCUCGCGAUGUCGCGAGUCCCGAGGCUGCUGCCCCGAAUGGCGCUCCCGACCCCGACUCCGACUGCGACUGCGCUCCCUACCCCGUCCUUCUUCCCCGUCCAAGCCUCUUCCCACUCUGCGCUCGCGGCCCCUGUCCCCAUCCCUUCUAGCUCCGCCCCCGCGACCCGGGCUAUCUCCUCGGUCCUACCCGCGGCCUUCGUCCCGGCGUGAUGACCUUCUGCCCGGGGACUGAGAUCCUCGACGGCCCUGACGGCCCUCACCGCGGUACUCGUCCCCGUCGGCGCACCGCUUCGUGGCAUCGCGCCAGUCCACGUCGUACCGCCCACCGCGGGCGCUGCUAGGACCAGGGCCUGCCGCCUCGUCCCUAGGCCCGACUGCCGCGUGUCGAGGCGGCGGUCGGGGAGGACCAAAGGACGGCCCGGCCAA